CUUACGGAGCAGGAGCCAGAUACCAUUCUGGAGAACAGGCCGAGGGAAGAGGUGGAGGGGUUCUAUGGAAGCUUGAGGCUGAGCGAAGAAAUUAGGGCUGGAGAUCCAGUGGCUCAGGGCCAGGAUGAAGUCAGGGGAGGUGCUAAAGCCUUUUUCCUCCUGGCCUCGGGCACUCUCUUUGGUCAGCCUGAGUCUUAAGAGGGCACAGCGCGGAUCACUCAGGUAGGUCCCUGGCCCCUUCAGACUACAAGGAGCCGGAUGAAUCCCUGUCCCUGUUUCUUUCGGCUGGGGAAAGGACGCAGGGGUUCCAUUCGCUUUCUCAGCCCACCCGUCUUCUUGAGUUCAGACCUACAACUCCUGCAGUGGGGGUCGGAAGGGAGUCUUAAUCAUCGGGACAGAAACUCAACUCCCCAACCUCUGCUAAACCCGCGUGGCGGCCUUCUUCCCUGCUGCCCGGGCGCGGGGCGGGGGCGGGGCCUGGGCGCGGGGCGGGAGGCGGUGACCAGCAGCAGGAGGAGAAAGAACAUGGCGGGCGCAUCGGGGCUCGGGACCGGCCCAGGAGCAGCGGGGGGAGAUGGAGAUGAUUCGCUAUACCCAAUCGCGGUUUUAAUCGACGAGCUCCGCAAUGAAGACGUGCAGCUCCGACUCAACAGUAUUAAGAAGUUGUCAACAAUUGCCCUAGCACUUGGAGUAGAAAGGACGCGAAGUGAAUUGUUGCCAUUCCUUACAGAUACAAUUUAUGAUGAAGAUGAGGUACUAUUAGCUCUUGCUGAGCAGCUGGGAAAUUUCACUGGCCUAGUGGGAGGUCCUGACUUUGCCCACUGUCUGCUGCCUCCUUUGGAAAAUCUGGCAACUGUGGAAGAGACUGUUGUUCGUGACAAGGCUGUGGAGUCCCUGAGACAGAUCUCCCAGGAGCAUACUCCUGUUGCUCUGGAAGCUUAUUUUGUACCUCUGGUGAAACGCCUAGCAAGUGGGGAUUGGUUCACCUCUCGCACGUCUGCAUGUGGUUUGUUCAGCGUUUGCUAUCCCAGGGCAUCAAAUGCUGUUAAAGCAGAAAUCAGACAGCAAUUCCGUUCCUUGUGCUCAGAUGACACACCAAUGGUGCGACGUGCUGCUGCUUCCAAAUUGGGUGAAUUUGCAAAAGUUUUGGAAUUAGACAGUGUGAAAAGUGAAAUUGUUCCACUCUUCACUAAUCUAGCUUCAGAUGAACAGGAUUCAGUGCGCCUCCUAGCUGUGGAAGCUUGUGUCAGUAUUGCCCAGUUAUUGUCUCAGGAUGACCUUGAGACUUUGGUGAUGCCUACACUUCGACAAGCAGCAGAAGAUAAAUCUUGGCGAGUUCGCUAUAUGGUGGCUGACAAAUUUUCAGAGCUCCAGAAAGCCAUGGGUCCUAAAAUCACCCUAAAUGACCUCAUCCCCGCCUUUCAGAACCUACUUAAAGACUGUGAAGCUGAAGUCCGGGCGGCUGCUGCCCACAAAGUAAAAGAACUUGGUGAGAACUUGCCCAUUGAAGAUAGAGAGACCAUAAUUAUGAAUCAGAUUCUGCCCUAUAUAAAGGAAUUAGUAUCCGAUACCAAUCAACAUGUCAAAUCGGCUCUAGCUUCUGUAAUUAUGGGAUUGUCUACUAUUUUGGGCAAAGAGAAUACCAUUGAACAUCUUCUACCUCUUUUUUUAGCUCAGUUAAAGGAUGAGUGUCCUGAAGUUCGUUUGAAUAUCAUCUCCAAUUUGGAUUGUGUAAAUGAAGUGAUUGGAAUCCGUCAGCUCUCUCAGUCUCUCCUUCCUGCCAUAGUGGAGCUGGCUGAAGAUGCCAAAUGGAGGGUCCGGCUGGCCAUCAUUGAGUAUAUGCCGCUGCUGGCAGGCCAGCUGGGUGUGGAAUUCUUUGAUGAAAAGCUGAAUUCUUUAUGUAUGGCUUGGCUUGUGGACCAUGUGUACGCCAUCCGAGAAGCUGCCACCAACAACCUCAUGAAACUAGUUCAGAAGUUUGGUACAGAGUGGGCCCAAAAUACCAUCGUUCCCAAAGUGUUAGUAAUGGCAAAUGAUCCUAAUUACUUGCAUAGAAUGACCACUUUAUUCUGCAUUAAUGCGCUGUCUGAGGCCUGUGGUCAGGAAAUAACCACUAAGCAAAUGCUGCCCAUCGUAUUAAAAAUGGCAGGAGACCAAGUAGCAAAUGUUCGCUUCAAUGUGGCCAAAUCUCUACAAAAAAUUGGACCAAUUCUAGAUACCAAUGCUUUACAGGGAGAAGUUAAGCCAGUACUACAGAAGUUAGGUCAAGAUGAAGACAUGGAUGUCAAAUACUUUGCACAGGAAGCUAUAAGUGUUCUUGCAUUGGCAUAAUGAGGAGCAGGAGGGAAAAGACCUUUGCUAAAUUCUUAUCACAGAUUUCUAGUCAAUGUGUUCUUAACUGGGUGGAGAAAGAAUGGAAAACCUUCAAGAUGUCAUCCAAGCAAAUGGCAACAACUUAGAAGAAAUCAAAUUUUAGUGACUUGAUUCUUUCUAAAGAUGAAAUGGGAUUGUUUUUUACUUGUCUUCUUUGUUAAGUCAUUAUUUAAGCCAUUCUUAUUGACCAAUUCCUGACACUUGAUACUUGAUUUUCUCCUAAUGCUUUAUCCAUCACCACCGGGGCUCCUGCAUCCUCACUGUGGAAUCAGGCCCCAGCCACAUAGUGUUCCAGACAAAGCCUGAAAGGGUGUGGACCCAGGCGUGGAGUGGAGUGAUUCUCUUGACGUUUACAUAUAUCUCUGUGUCUCUCCAUCAUUCCAAAGUUAAAUGUACAUGUUUAGAAUAACUUAUUUUAUAAACUCUUUGGGAGGCAUGUUGAGAUUUGACCGUAGUGAAAGCCACAUUUUCCUGAAUUAUGAUGGUCUGCAUCAGUCUCACAUGAAAGGGGAAUGUGGAAGCUCAGGGUUAAUGUAGUGGUUAUUUUGGUUUUUAUUUGCUCAAUUUUGUCUGUAGUCAUGUCAUUCAGAAACCUGAAGUGUGGCUGCAUCUUGCUGCUAAUGUGUGAUGUUGACACCUAACUGAAUUUGAACAGUUCACCACUGUGCCUACAUUUAAAAAUAUUUCUCUCUCUUUUCUGAAAAGCUUUAUCUGUAGUGCCUCGUAAUAAGCAAUAUGUCUGUUUCAUUGUAAGAUUGCAGUUGUGUAUUUUGAAUGAGUCUGAGAACCACAGGGUUCUCAGAUUUCCUGCUCUUUACCUGGCUCUGCUUCCAGCAGUAUUAACACCUGGUCCUUGCUGCAUUGUGCAGUAGCUUUUCAAACUGCAGUUUUACUCCUAAGUUUUUAGUAUAGGUGAUGCUGGAGUCUUAUUUGAAGUGUUUGCUUUUCUACUUUUACAGUAAAACCUCAUUAAUUCUGAAAUUUAAGAUAAUGAGUUAAGCUGAAGAGUUUAGUAAGAAGCAAAUUAAUAGUAAGGAAGCCUAUUUGAACUACUAAACAGUUUUAAAGCCCUUUUUAAAAAGCACCCAUUUGGGAUCAUUUGAGGUCACGAGUUUGAGAUCAGCCUGACCAACAUGGUGAAACCCCGUCUCUAACUAAAAAUACAAAAAAGUUAGCUGGGCGUGGUGGCACACACCUGUAGUCCCAGCUACUCAGGAGGCUGAGGCAGGAGAAUUGCUUGAACCUGGGAGGCAGAGGUUGCAGUGAGGGAAGAUCGCACCCCUGCACUCUAGCCUGGGCCAUAGAGCGAGACUCCGUGUCAAAAACAAAACAAAACAAAACAAAAAAACAAUUUUUCACAUAAUCACACUCACCUUGUCUCAUGACUUUUAGUUAAGGGGGUUUUCCCAUAGUUUAUUUUUCUCUCAGUGCAUCUUGCUAUGCGGUUUGCUUGUUACCCUUUUGGUUUUUGAAUUGUUGAUUUUGUUCACAACCUCUUUUAAAUCUAGCAAGUCCUGUUCUGUUUAGUGAAGGCCCAAAGACUCCUCUAAGACUUUGUGCAUUUGUUACAUAAAGCCAAGUUUUACGGAAUACUUUCAAAUUUGUCCUACAUGUGAAAAACAGAACAGAAAUUGUGAAUCAGAGGUUAUCUGUCUGCAUUUUAAACUGCCAAAUUACCUUACAAUAAGUUUCUGUUUUAUGACUUUGGGCCAAGAAUUAAGUAUUUUCCUAAGCAAAAAUCUUUUUCUGUAUUCUCAUUUUAUUGUCUUAUGCUAUUAUUCUAUAAACAUUUUAAUUUUAGUUUCAUGGGCCUUUAUUUUUUAUUACCUGCAAGUUCUUCUUCCUUGAAUUUCAGACUUGAGAGACAUUUGUCUUCAUGACGCAGAUUUGCAUUGGACCCUUGCUUUACUCUAGCUGGAAAUACCAUUGUUCUGGGGACAGACUUUCAAAAUGCCCUUGUGUCUCCCCCUGAGGAGCCCUAAGCAUUGACUUCUCCACCCUAAAACUGAGAGGGAGAGUGGGCCCUGCUUUCUCAAGCAUGGGUCAGGGGGUUCAGCGGGGCCUCUGUCUUUUGUGGUGACCCCUCAGGGGUUUCAUUGUUUUCUUCUGAAUGAAGCAAAAGAUAAUUUGCUUUGGCACUCUUUGGAGGAAUUGUGCUUUGGCUCAUAACUUGGCCAUGUUCUCCAUGAAUUAGUUCUCCUAUUUUUUUUUUUAACUACCUUAAACUUAAGGGACAAUUUGUGCUAUCUUGAUUUCACUGGAAUAUAGGCUUUAGGAGCUCUGUAAGGCUGGUAUUUUUGUCUGUUUUAUCUUCUGUAUUGCCAGUGCCUGGAACAGUAUCUGGUGCACAUAAUAGGUGCUCAAUAAAAAUGUGUUCAGUGGAUGAAUUUCUAAAAUAUCCUCUGAUGUGUUGUGUACAUGGAACAAAUCACCAAAAGAACCAGACUGUGUCUUAUUCUCCCAUUGACACAAAGAUUUUCCUGCUUUCAGGAAACAAGCUUUAUGUGGCCCUUCUCUGGUCCCCUGGCUUAGACUACAGUUCUGUGUGGAUUUGUCUGGUUGCUUCAAACAUGUAUUGGUUUUCAUCCUUGGCAGCGUACAUCAGUUGUUUGAUUAGAAAAAUGAAGCAGACACACACACAUACACACACA